AUGAAUAUGCCAAACGACACGGACAUACAUAACAACAAGACGUGUGUUGGUUGGGGUGACAGCCACUCCUUUGUUUGUUCACUUGCGUGGAGAAGUAAUGCAAUCUUGACGGCUGGGAGAUCCGAUGGUAGUAUUGUUGAUUAUGACAUUAGAAAAGAUGACCGGGCCAUCUGUGACUAUAGAGGGCAUCGACUAGAAGUUUGUAGUCUUAAAUGGUCCGAGUUGUUUGGGCGGUAUCUGGCAAGCGGAGGGAAGGACAAACUUGUGCACAUAUGGGACACCCGCAUGGCUGUUGCAAAUCACCAUCCGUGCCAACAUCAAUUGCUUCACAAGAUUAGCAACCACACUUCCACUGUGAGGGCCCUUGAUUGGUGCCCUACCAGGAGCAAUCUGCUGGCUUCUGGUGGAGGACGCAAUGAUCAUUGCAUUAAGUUUUGGAAUGCUGUUAAUGGUGUUUGCUUGAACUCGAUUGAUACCGGCUCUGAAGUUUGUGCGUUGUUGUGGGACAAAAACAAAUCUGAAUUGCUGACCUCCCAUGGGUUUCCAAACAAUCAACUCACCCUGUGGAAUUACACAUCCAUGACGAGAAAAGCUGAGCUUUUUGGUCAUUCAUCUCGUGUUCUUUACUUGGCUGGGAGCCUAUUGGGAGGUGUAGUAGCUUCUGCAGCAGAAGAUGAGACACUCAAGUUCUGGAAUGUCUUUGAGACUCCCAAACCACCAAAACCUGAAGCAAACACUGUGCCCUUUGCCCAAUUUAGUGUCAUAAGAUGAAAAUGCUGAUGGUUGGAAAAGACUACAAGAGUAAUACGGAAAACUUCUUUAGUGCUUGACAAAAAGAUCCAUUGUUGAUAGCGUUGCAUAGAGCAGUUUGUGGCAUCAAAGAGGCAACAUAUUUUCAUACAAGCAUCAUACAUUUAAGAUCUUCGGAUACGAGUGCAAGCGUAUAAGUUAAGUAAGAAAUUUACAACCAUGCUUUAAUUUUUACAGCAUUUUAAUAGGUUUAUUAUACAAUAAACCAAUGUGGUUGCAACUGCAAGUUUGAUUUUUGUAUCUAAUUUUUUUUUCAGCUUUGCAUAUUGGGUAUAACCUUUACCAUAUUGAUGACACAUGCAAUCUAUAAGCACUACAUUAUUGUUGCUAUAUUUUAUGUAUUCUAGUUUUAAUAUUUUUAUCCAUGUUGCAUUCUUGUUGUAUGCUUUUAGGUGAUUUGUUAAUUCUUCCUUCUUUAAAUUUGAGAAUCUUUAUGUUGACUUCUCAAGUACUAGAUGAAAAUGCUGAUGGUUGGAAAAGAUUAUUAGAAUAAUACAGAAGACUUCUCUAGUGCUUGAGAAGAAAAUCCAUUGCUGGUAGCAUUUCAUAGAGAAGUUUGUGGCAUCAAAGAGGCAACAUUUUUUCAUACACGCAUUAUAUAUUUGUGAUCUUUAGAUAUGAGUGCAAGUGCCUAAGAUGGAAAAUUUAGAACCAUGCUUUAAUUUUUAUAGCAUUUUAGGUCUAUUUACAACGAGUCUAUGUGGAUGCAACUGCAAGUCUGAUUUUUGUAUCCAAUUUUUCUUUCAGCUUUGCACAUAUAUUUGCUAUAACCUUUGCCAUAUCGACAUGCAAUCUAUAACCACUACAUCAUUGUUGCUAUAUUUUGUGUCCUAGUUUUAAUAUUUUUAACCAUGUUACAUUCUACUAUUAUAGUUCUAUCUUUUUAUAUAAAUUAUUUUUUUUCCUUCUUAAAAUUUGAGAAUCUUCAUGUUGAUGUUAUUCUUUGUUUGUUUAUGUUAAUUAUGCAUAAUUAGACCAACGAGGUAGCUGUUUAUAUAUAUUUUUUUGUUUCUGCUGAGUUGAGGUUUCUUAUGAUUUUAAUGUAGCCUCCAGAAUUUCAGACUUUUCUUGCUGUUGAAAAAACUGGUUAUAAAGUGUAUAAUUUUGAAUCUUAAAUGGUUUCAAUAUGUUACUAUAUAGUGAAUAACCUCCAAGUAAAAUAUAAGUUCAAGAGUGAAAUCC